CUGCUUUUUCUUCUCCGCCUGUUUGCCUCCCCCUCUCCUGCUCACAAGAGUACAGUAACACACCAGUCCUGUCGUAGUGGCAGCAGCCGACACAAGCGUGUCCGGUCUCUCCUCGUAGCUCCAGUUUCUGCUCUGCAUAUAAACUAGCCAUUUAUCAUCAGUCAUGGCCGCCGGAGUACAAAUUUAAGUCCCGUCUUUCCUCCCUGUGGUUCGGAGGGGAGGCUUUUUUUCUUUCUUUUUGUUGGUGUUUGUUUCAGGAAGCAAGAGGGGGAAAAACAUAGAAAUAUUAGUGCCACACACUGAUUUGGAUAUCCUCUCGGAAUUACAAUACAUCUCACAAGGGAAAUACCAUUCAUGUCAAUACUUCAACAUGCAGCCGCCGCCGAGGAAGGUCAAAGUGACACAGGAGCUGAAAAACACUCACACAGAGCAGAUGACAAGACUGCACUUUAAACACCAGACCGAAUGUGACCUGCUUGAAGACAUGAGGAGCUAUAGUCUGAAGAAAGGACAACUGGAGCGGGACUAUGCACAGGCUCUGCAGAAGUUAGCGAGUCAGUACCUAAAGAGAGACUGGCCUGGAAUCAACCCUGAUGACCAGAGAACAGACUAUAGGAAUGUGUAUGCAGUGUGGAGGUCCUAUUUAGAAGGUACAGUCCAGGUGAGCCAGUCCAGGCUCAAUGUAUGUGACAAUUACAAGAGUCAAGUAUCAGAGCCCGCUAAGACUGUUAGACUGUACAAGGAGCAGCAGCUUAAAAAGACAAUAGAUCAGCUGAGCGGCAUUCAAGCAGAGCUGCAGGAGUCAGUGAAGGAGUUGGCCAAAGCUAAGAAAAAAUACUACGACUGCGAGCAGGUUGCCCACGCUAUACGAGAGAAGGCCGACAUCGAGGCAAAGUCUAAACUGGGUCUUUUUCAGUCAAGAAUUAGUUUACAGAAAGCAAGUGUAAAGUUGAAAGCAAAAAGAAGUGACUGUAACUCAAAGGCGACACAGGCCAGGAAUGACUACUUGUUAACGCUAGCUGCUGCCAAUGCUCACCACGAUCGCUACUACCAUACAGAUCUGCUGCACUGCAUACAGGCCUUGGACGGCAGAAUCUAUGAGCACGUCAAAGACUACCUGGUGGCACUUUGUCGCACUGAGCUUGAGGCCUCCCAGGCUACACACAACACUUACCAGUUCCUUUUGGACAAAUCCACCAGGAUAAUGCAGGAGUACAACCAGCAGUUGUUCAUGCAAGAGAAUCCGGUGUUUCACAAAGCGCACGACUUCCAGUUCCAGCCCAGUGAAUGUGACACGACUCUGAGCUCGGUGCAGCAGUUGGUGGACAUUGAGCCGUCGCCCGUCAGUGCCAUGAGAAUGACCCUGGCACAGAGUCGUCAGCUGGAGUCGGAGUCGGGGACAACAGAGGAGCACAGUCUGAACAAGGAGGCCAGGAAAUGGGCAACCAGGGUGGCCAGAGAGCACAAGAAUAUCAUUCACUACAAGCGAUCUCUGGAGGAGUGUGAGAGCCACGGCUUGCCUCCCACAGAGCAGGGAAGAUUAGAUCUGGAGAUGAAGAUCGAAGACACCAAAGAAAACAUGCGCAAAGCCGAGACAAUAAAGUUGAAAGCUGAAGCUCGGCUGGACCUUCUACGCCAAGUUGGGGUUGCCGUGGAUACCUGGCUAAAGAGCGCCAUGAACCAGGUGAUGGAGGAGCUGGAGAAUGAACGUUGGGCCAGCUACACUUCCCACGACCCCUCACUGUCGGGCACAGUGGACCUGGAGCGCGAAGAGGGUGAAGAGUGUGAGGAGAAUAUGGAGGUUUUUGACGACAGCAGCUCCAGCCCUUCGGGGACCCUCCGCAACUACCCGCUAACCUGCAAAGUCCUGUAUUCAUACAAGGCCUCCCAACCAGAUGAGUUAACUAUCGAUGAACAGGAGAUGUUGGAGGUCAUUGAGGACGGAGACAUGGAGGACUGGGUUAAGGCACGCAAUAAGGCAGGUCAGGUGGGCUAUGUCCCAGAGAAAUACCUGCAGUUCCCGACCUCCAACAGUCUGCUGAGCAUGCUCCAGUCUCUGGCUACGCUCGAUGCUCGGUCACACACUUCGUCUAACUCAACAGAGCCAGAGCUGCACUCGGGCUGUAUAAAUGGAGACACAAAUAUGGUGUAUGUGCGUGCACUUUAUGAUUACGAGGGUCAGGCGGAUGAGGAACUCUCCUUUUCUGAGGGAGCUGUGAUCCGCCUGUUGAGCCGUGACACUCAGACAGACGACGGCUUCUGGGAGGGGGAGCUGAACGGGCGGGUGGGCGUUUUCCCCUCCGUGUUGGUAGAAGAUCUUACAGAGAAUGGAGAGACCAGCGCGGGAGGGGCAGGUGACACACAGAUCUCUCCUUCUUUGAAACUGCCAUCUUCUCUGCCACCUCUUCCGCUGUACGACCAGCCUCCCAUCAGCCCCUUCACCAGCCCCGAGACUUCCACCCCACCUCCUCUGCCACGUUCCCCUUCCGCUGCUCUUAAUGGGGAGCACAAGCUUCCUCUGCCUGCCUCGUCACACAAAGGACCGCUGUCAGCUCACAAUCAAAGCUCUGGCAGGAGUCCAGUGUCUCCAGGAUUUGCUAAGACUCAGCCGCCAAGAUUCACUCCUGAAGGAGGCCCGGGCAAACUACGACCUGUGCGAGCCGCUCCUCCUCCACCCAAGCAGCACCCCCGCCGACAGCAGGAGAAGAGCGACAAGACGGAGGAGGUGGAGAUCACGCUGGUGUGACAGACAAACAAACUGACAGCCGGUUAUAGGCGCACAAACAGAAAUGAAAACAGAUGAAAGGCAGAUGUAUUCUACAGGCUUGGGAACUGAAGUGAAGUUAAAUAAAGUGAUGUGAAGUAAACUGAACUGAACCACGCUGACCCCUCCCCCCGCCCCAAUCUCCUGAACUCCUAGCAGCUCUGUAUCUUCUCCCUUUGAGCUGAGGAGGAGGAGAGCAGAGAGAGGGGACAAAGGCAGACUAUCCGAUGUAAUAAUCUCCGUAUUAGCUUCCUAAUGAAGUGCAGCAGUAACCCACACACCCCCAAUCCCUUCACCCUACCCCGUCCUUUCAUUCUUGCCUUAAAACCUCACCUCAUUGGGCAGCAAAUCACACCACGGUGAAGCAGAGGAAGAAUGUCAGGAGAGGAGGAGGAUGGGAAAAAGCUAUUUGUGACAGAUGACGGAUUUGGCAAGUUUUCUGUUGUCAAGCUUUCCAUAAGACCAUUUAUCUUUCUGCAGGGGCAGAUCAGAGUCAAUAUUUAGAUUUUUUCUCUUCCCAAUAAAUAAUCAUGAAACAUGAGAAAAGUUUUGAAGCCCCAAGAACUGACAAAAUGUAGUAAAAGGUUAUCAGACAAACCAAAAAUAUAACUCAAUACACUAUAACUAUAAAACUGGGGUGGGAUGGAGGCAGAUGAUUGAUUGUGGCGACCCCUAAAGGCAGAAGCUGACUUAAAUGGCCGCCCACAUGAACAGCUGAUAACUUGGUAUGGAUCUAGUUGGCAGAUAUCAUACAGCAUAGGUGUCAAACUCUGGCCCGCGGGCCAAAUUUGGCCCGCAGCCUAAUUACAUUUGGCCCGCGAAGCCAUACAAAAUUACUAUUAGAGCUGGCCUGCCAGUAUUAUACAGUGCAUGUACUGCUAAUACUACAAUUCCCAGAAUGCUCUGUUGGUGUUUUGGCCCGUCAGUCACGACAGGACCCAUUAGCACCCUGUCCUCUGUUGACCAUAGUCAUAGCAACCAUGCAAAUACUGCCAUGCUACCUAUACCAAAAUGGCAAAAAGAAAGGCAGAAAACAGGAGCUUUCUGGACAGGUGGGAUAUGAUGAUAAAAUGACAAAAUUAAAUUCAGAAGGCUGCAAAUACAUUUUUUAUUUAAGAAAUGAAUUCCACUGAUGUGUUAUUUAAUUGGAAUUUUGAUUUUGCGUGUGUGCAAUAUCAAGUUAUAUAUACGUUUAUAUAAGUUAUAUAUACAUUCAGGUCCAUAAAUAUUGGGACAUCGACACAAUUCUAACA